AUGGUGUCCGCCAUUUCCAAGAGUGCCGCGGCCCUCGGCGACGGGCCCGCCGCGGCCCUCUCGUCGGCGGUAACCCGGGCCAGCGACGUUGCCGAAGCCCAUGGGUCGUCGUCGUGGCUCGGCCUGUUUGCGAGGCUGGUGAUAUGGGUGUUGCAUCUCGUGUCUAUCAUUUUGUACUAUUCGGUCAAGCUGGCCACCAUCUCGGUGCCCUCGUUUCUCUUCACCCUCUUCUCAACGAGCCUGACCUUCACCAUGAAUGCAACUACACUCAUGGUUCUUGUGUUGGCCAUGGUAUCAGGCAUUAGCUGGGUGGUGAGGUAUCGCUACCUCAACAUGUACUCUCGCCUCCCUCCUGAACCGCAGCGCAAGGAACCUGAUAUCGACCUCUUCCCGGACACGCAGGAGGAGGGUGUCAAGUCCGGGCUGAUGAGCUAUUUCGACGAGUUCCUGAGCGCCAUCAAGAUCUUUGGCUACCUGGAGCGUCCCGUCUUCCACGAGUUGACGCGCAGCAUGCAGACGCGCAAGCUCAUAGCCGGCGAGACGCUGAACCUGGAGGAGGAGAAGGGCUUCUGCAUUGUCGUCGAUGGCUUGGUCGAGAUCUUUGUAAAGUCAUCUGGGGAUGGUCGCCAGCCUCCUCCCAGCAGCCCUCACAGCGCCCCUUAUGAUUUCCCUUCCAGUGAAGAUGAAAGCUUUGCCCCUGGCCAACAGCGCUACCAGUUGUUGACCGAGGUCCGAAACGGUGCUCCCAUGUCGUCUCUGUUCUCCAUCAUGUCGCUCUUCACCGAAGACAUCCCCAUUCGGCACACCGAAGACGACAGCCCAGAACCUCGCCCCAACGUUGUUAACACCAACCAUGCCCGCUUUCCGCGGAGCGCUGAUUUUCGGAAGCCCCACGACGUGACCGUAUCUUUCCCCAACACGCCUCAGCUCGACGCCUCGUCGCCAAGCGCUGCCUCGACGUUGGUCGACGCGCUCUCUCUCUCCUCCAACGGCCAACCUCUAUCUCGGAUCCCCCCCAUGUCCCUAGACACGACGACCAAGGGUCACGGCAGGCUCCAGAGGCCGGUGCCGAAGCGGAGCACUACCAGCUCGGCUCACCCGGAUAUCAUAGGAAGAGCGACGGUCGAUACGACCAUUGCCAUAAUUCCUGCUAGCGCGUUCCGGCGUCUUAUCAGGAUAUAUCCAAAGGCGACGGCCCACAUUGUCCAUGUCAUUCUCUCGAGGUUCCAGAGGGUUACUCUGGCGACUGCGUACAGCUAUCUCGGCUUGACCGACGAGGUCUUGCAGAUAGAGCGUAUGAUGCUGAAGUACACGAUGGUGCAGCUCCCCAACCACCUGCGCGGGGAUGCGUUGGAAAGACUCAAAGAGAAGUUCAGCCGCGAGAGGGAGAGGAUUGGCGAGGAAGAGGUUGGGAAAGGCAUCGCUUUGCACAAUGCUCAUGCUGGCCGUCGCCGCCGGUCCACUACAACGCUGCGGAAAGAAGCGGCGUUACAGGCCUUCACUAAGCAGCGCACCAACUCGGAACUCGGUCCCACAGCGUUUCUAGAGCGCUCACCUUUGGUCUCGCCGAGCCCAGGCGAUCUACUGGCCGACAUUCAGUCAUCAAGAGGUACCGGUCUCCGUCCACUGAGCGCCACCCCCGCCGGUGGCCAAUCUUUCAUGGCGGAUGGGCUUCGAGAAGUCGUAUCUCCCCUCGCCCAUCGUGAUUUCAACCCGUUUGCGUCGCAGAGGAAUGCCCACGUACCUCUCGACAAGCGGGAGACGGCCGAUGAGGACAACAUGUUUCGUGAAUCCAUCCUGGAAUGCAUGUUCAAAUCCAUUGGCCUAACGGGGAAUUUGCUGGGACCCCGGGAGACAGACUCGGCGCAAGAUUCCCCGCGUCUGGUGUCAUUGGACCAGAGACGCCAAAAGGCCGUAUUCAGUAACAAUGCCUUUGGGUUUAUGGAGGCGCUUGAAGGAUCCGUCGACGGCGACACCGAGUCGAUGACAUCGGGAGGACAUGCCACGUCUCCGGGAAUGAGCGCCCACUUGCUCGCCCAAGACAUGAAAGACGAAGUCGAGAUCGUAUUCUUCCCCAAAGGCUCUGUCUUGGUGGAACAGGGGGAGAGGAAUCCAGGCCUCUACUAUGUUAUCGACGGCUUCCUUGACAUAUGCAUCCAAGUGGACGACUCUGCCUCGGAUAUUCUCCGGUCGGAAAGCAAAUCCUCGUUUAACGCAAUGCACAGUACCGACUCCUUUGGCGCCCAAAGUCGGGGCGAGACUUCGCCGCGUCUCUCGAAGCCGCCCGAAAUGGGGGGCGGUGCUUUUGAUGGCUUUAAGAAACUCCACAAGCGCCGCCGGGGCGUGGCCUUGAUCAAGCCGGGGGGGCUUGCUGGUUAUGUCGGAACCAUCUCGUCAUAUAGGUCGUUCAUCGACGUUGUGGCCAAGACGGAUGUCUAUGUCGGCUUCCUUCCACUUGCGUCGAUUGAAAGGAUUGUGGACCGGUACCCUAUUGUUCUCCUGACCAUGGCGAAGAGGCUCACCAGCCUUCUCCCUCGUCUGAUUCUCCACAUCGACUUUGCAUUAGAGUGGCUGCAGGUCAAUGCCGGCCAAGUUAUCUUUCACGAGGGCGACGAGAGUGAAGCCAUCUACAUUGUCCUCAACGGGCGGCUGCGGUCGGUCCAAGAUCGGAGGGACGGUGGCGUCAAUGUCAAGGCCGAGUUUGGCCAAGGAGAAAGUAUUGGAGAACUCGAAGUCAUGACCGAGUCUGCUCGCUCGGGCACUCUCCACGCCAUCCGAGACACGGAGAUAGUCAAAUUCCCUCGAACCUUGUUUAACAGCCUGGCCCAGGAGCACCCGAAUAUCACAAUCAAGAUUUCCAAAAUCAUCGCCUCUCGCAUGAGGGCUUUGGUUGACGACUCCAGCGGUCUCAAAGACGGCGGUGCUGCAAGGAACUCUAUCAACAAAGGCUCCUCGACGCUAAAUCUCCGCACCGUUGCAGUCCUUCCCGUCACGGCCGGGGUUCCAGUUGUCGAGUUUAGCAACAGGCUUCUGAAUGCCUUGACUCAAGUGGGGACGCCCAACGGAGCAACAUCGCUCCACCAGGCGGGCAUUCUCAACCACCUCGGCAAACACGCAUUCAACAGGAUGGGCAAGCUCAAGCUCUCCCAAUACCUAGCAGACUUGGAAGAGAAAUACGGGCUAGUGAUUUACGUGGCUGAUACGAAUGUCAACGCCCCCUGGACACAGACCUGCAUCGCUCAAGCCGAUUGCGUCCUUUUUGUGGGCUUGGCUGACGGUUCCCCUGAAAUUGGGGAAUACGAGCGGUUCAUGUUGGGGAUGAAAUCAACAGCGCGGAAGAUACUAGUCCUUCUCCACCAGGAAAGGUACUCGAGCCCCGGGUUGACGAGAAGGUGGCUGAAGAACCGCAUGUGGAUAAAUGGCGGGCAUUUCCACGUCCAGAUGGCAUACAACGCCAACAGCAUGCCGCUGCACCCCCCCACGAAGCGGGCAGGGCCCAGUCUCAAGGAGCGGGUGCAGAUCCUGCAGGCGGGGAUCCAAAAGUACACGUCGCGAAAAGUGCGACAUAGCGCGUUUUAUUCUCCCGAGGCGACGUUCAAAGGCGACUUCCACCGGCUGGCCCGGAGGCUCUGCGGCAAGUCAGUCGGCCUUGUUCUGGGCGGCGGCGGAGCAAGGGGCAUAGCGCAGGUUGGCAUCAUUCGAGCGAUGGAAGAGGCAGGCAUUCCCAUUGACAUCAUAGGGGGGACUUCGAUUGGCGCUUUCAUUGGGGCGCUAUAUGCCCGGCACGCCGACGUGGUGCCCAUCUACGGGCUUGCAAAGAAGUUUUCGGGCAGGAUGGGGAGCAUGUGGAGAUUUGCCUUUGACCUCACGUAUCCCUCGGCAUCGUACACGACGGGCCACGAGUUCAAUCGCGGCAUCUUCAAGACGCUGGGUAAGACGCAGAUCGAAGACUUUUGGCUUGAGUACUACUGCAACACGACCAACAUCAGCAAGAGCCGGGCCGAGUUCCACACGAGCGGGUAUGCUUGGAGAUAUGUGCGCGCGUCCAUGUCGCUGGCCGGACUCUUGCCGCCGCUCUGCGACGAGGGCAGCAUGCUUCUCGACGGAGGGUACGUGGACAAUCUGACCGUCUCGCACAUGAAGUCGCUCGGGUCCGACAUCAUCUUCGCCAUCGACGUGGGCUCGCUCGACGACGACACGCCACAGGCAUUCGGCGACACGCUGUCGGGGCUGUGGGCGUUCUGGAACCGGUGGAACCCGUUCUCGUCGGUGCCCAAUCCGCCGACGCUGGCUGAGAUCCAGGCGCGGCUCGCAUACGUGUCGAGCGUCGACGCGCUGGAGAGGGCCAAGACGAUGGCGGGCUGCUUCUACAUGCGGCCGCCGAUCGACGAGUACGGAACACUGGACUUUGGCAAGUUUGACGAGAUAUACCAGGUCGGUUACAAGUACGGCCAAGAGUUUCUGGAGAAAUUGCGGGACGAGGGCGUGUUGCCCCUGGUGGAGGAGACGGAGGCCAAGAAGGCGCUCCGGAGGACCAUGGCGCCGCGUCGCGCGAGCAUUUAG